AUGUGUUGUGGGCGAAGAACAGAAGUGGGGAGACAUCUGUUGUGGGCGAAGAACAGAAGUGGGGAGACAUGUGUUGUGGACGAAGAACAGAAGUGGGGAGACAUCUGUUGUGGGCGAAGAACAGAAGUGGGGAGACAUCUGUUGUGGGCGAAGAACAGAAGUGGGGGGACAUCUGUUGUGGGCGAAAAACAGAAGUGGGGAGACAUCUGUUGUAGGCGAAGAACAGAAGUGGGGGGACAUCUGUUGUGGGUGAAGAACAGAAGUGGGGAGACAUGUGUUGUGGGCGAAGAACAGAAGUGGGGAGACAUGUGUUGUGGGCGAAGAACAGAAGUGGGGAGACAUGUGUUGUGGGCGAAGAACAGAAGUGGGGAGACAUCUGUUGUGGGCGAAAAACAGAAGUGGGGAGACAUUUGUUGUGGGCAAGAACAAGUGGGGAGACAUCUGUUGUGGGCGAAGAACAGAAGUGGGGAGACAUUUGUUGUGGGCAAGAACAAGUGGGGAGACAUCUGUUGUUACGAAGAAUCGGGGAGACAUCUGUUGUGGGUGAAGAACAGAAGUGGGGAGACAUCUGUUGUAAAGAGGAAAGAAAUGAGGAGACAUCUGUUGUGGGUGAAGAACAGAAGUGGGGGGACAUCUGUUGUUGGCAAGAACAAGUGGGGAAACAUCUGUUACGAAGAAAUGGGGAGACAUUUGUUGUGGAUGAAGAACAGAAGUUGGGGAGACAUCUGUUGUGGGCGAAGAACAGAAAUGGGGAGACAUCUGUGGUGGGCGAAGAACAGAAGAAAGCUGUGUUCUUUUGGCUUUGCCUUCGACCUUGGAUGA